AUGAGUGCUUACCGAAAACAGCCAGCAAAGAAGAAAACCACCAAGUUGGAGCUCAAGGACGAGCAAAAGGCUGAAAUCAGAGAAGCGUUCGAUUUGUUCGAUACCGAAGGCACUGGAACCAUCAACGUCAAGGAGAUAAAGGUAGCCAUGAGAGCGCUGGGCUUCGAGCCGAAAAAGGAGGAGCUGAAACAGAUGAUCGCCGGAGUCGAGACCGACGGAACGGGCGCCAUCGACUUUAAUGACUUCCUAAAAAUCAUGUCGCAGAAGAUGUCUGAGCGAGAUCCAAAGGAAGAAAUCCAAAAGGCAUUCAAAUUAUUCGACGACGACGAAACUGGAAAAAUCUCCUUCAAGAAUUUGAAACGAGUCUGUAAAGAGCUGAAUGAGAAUCUGACGGACGAAGAAUUACAGGAAAUGAUCGACGAAGCGGACAUGGACGGAGACGGAGAAGUGUCCGAAGCCGAGUUCUUACGAAUAAUGAAAAAGACCGAGAUGUUCUGA